ACAGCAUCAAUCACCGCGAUAACCCGAGAAACUGCUGCAAUUGAGCCACGUUAAGCGUAAAAACGCCGGCAAUCAAAGUGAAUUCCAUUGGCUGACGUGCAAUAUAUAAAAAAGACAAUACAGUGCAACUGAGGCGGAAAGUGAAUGCAAAGUGAAUGAAAUAAAUUCGAACUGCGGCUGGGAAGUGAGUGGAACCGCGACGGCAGCCGAGAAUCAUGAGCGAGAAACGAAUCGCACACAAAACUGUCAUCAAAUGACAAAUGCUUGACGGCAUCAAUCAAGAAAAGCGACGACAGCGACGAUGGCAGCGCGUUGCCGGUGGAGCUGGCGCCUGGCUUUCAGUUUUCUGGUGCUGCUGCUGCUCCGACUGCUCCUGCUGCCAUCAGCGAUGGGCCACGAUGACGAAACCAAAGAAAGUCCCGCUCCAGGCAGGCAAACUCUAGGGAAGCAACCGCCACUUGUCCACCUGCAACACCAACAAAACAGCGACCAAUCCAGCCAACUUACUGUGAAUAGAACCUCCACUUCGACAUCGACAUCCACCACUGCCACGCCCCCGGGCAUCCGGGAGAACGUCAUGCUGCCCUCGGCCGACCCCGAGCGGGAGGCCCAGAUCAUGUACGAGAAGUCCAUGCAGGAGUACCACGGCAGCCAGGUGUCCACCGCCUCCUCCUCCUCCGCAUCCGACGUCAUCGGCGGCAAGAGAUCGCUGCACACGGUCUGCGAGCGCUGGCUGCAGAAGCACUGCCACUGCACCGGCAGCCUGGAGGUCCUGCGGCUCAGCUGCCGCGGCAUCGGCAUCCUGGCGGUGCCCGUCAACCUGCCCAGCGAGGUGGUCGUCCUAGAUUUGGGAAACAACAACUUGACCAAGUUGGAGGCGAACUCAUUUUUUAUGGUGCCCAGUCUGGAGGAGCUAACCUUGUCCGACAAUAGCAUCAUUAAUAUGGAUCCCAAUGCAUUCUAUGGCCUGGGCAAAUUGAAGCGAUUGAGCCUGCAGAACUGCGGCCUCAAGUCCUUGCCGCCGCAGUCGUUCCAAGGACUUUCUCAGCUGACCAGCCUACAGCUGAAUGGCAACGCCCUGGUCAGCCUGGAUGGGGAUUGUCUGGGCCACCUGCAGAAACUGCGCACCUUGCGAUUGGAGGGCAAUCUGUUCUAUCGCAUUCCCACGAACGCGCUGGCCGGACUCAGAACGCUCGAAGCACUUAAUUUGGGCAGCAAUUUGUUGACAAUAAUAAACGACGAGGACUUUCCGCGAAUGCCAAACUUGAUCGUGCUUUUGCUGAAGCGAAAUCAAAUCAUGAAAAUCUCCGCGGGAGCUCUAAAAAAUUUAACCGCCUUAAAAGUUUUAGAGCUGGACGAUAAUUUAAUAAGCAGUCUGCCCGAGGGACUCAACAAACUGUCGCAACUGCAGGAGCUCUCCAUCACCAGCAAUCGACUACGCUGGAUAAACGACACGGAACUGCCGAGGAGCAUGCAAAUGCUGGACAUGAGGGCCAAUCCCCUGUCGACCAUUUCGGCAGGGGCCUUUCGGGGGAUGACCAAGUUGCGGAAGCUUAUUCUAUCGGAUGUGCGAACCCUGCGCUCCUUUCCCGAACUCGAGGCCUGUCACGCCCUGGAGAUACUGAAACUGGAUCGUGCCGGCAUUCAGGAGGUGCCAACGAAUCUGUGCCGUCAAACGCCAAGACUGAAGAGUUUAGAACUAAAAACCAAUUCCCUUAAACGCAUCCCAAAUUUAAGUAGCUGCAGAGACUUAAGGCUGUUAGAUCUAUCGAGCAAUCAAAUUGAAACGGUUCAGGGGAAGCCCUUCAACGGACUCAAGCAGUUGCACGAUCUGUUGCUCUCCUAUAAUCGAAUCAAGGCUCUGCCCCAAGAUGCCUUUCAGGGCAUUCCCAAGCUCCAGCUGCUUGACCUGGAGGGCAACGAGAUCUCGCACAUACACAAGGAGGCCUUCUCCGGUUUCACAGCCCUCGAGGAUCUCAAUUUGGGCAACAACAUUUUCCCCGAGCUGCCCGAAUCGGGACUGCGUGCCCUGCUCCACCUGAAGACCUUCAACAAUCCGAAGCUCAGGGAGUUUCCACCACCUGACACCUUUCCACGGAUCCAAACUCUUAUUCUGUCUUAUGCCUACCAUUGCUGCGCCUUUCUCCCCUUGGUGGCCAUGUCUGCCCAGAAGAAAACCUCCCAGGUCCAGGAGGCCGUGCUCUUUCCCUCCGAUGCGGAGUUCGAUAUGACCCUAUGGAACAACAGCAUGAUGAACAUCUGGCCACAAAUGCACAAUCUGAGCAAGCAGCUGGGUGCCGCCAUGCACGAUCCCUGGGACUCGGCGGCCAACUUCAACGAGGAGCAGCUGCAAUCGCAGACGGGGGGACAAAUCGCCACCAGCUACAUGGAGGAGUACUUCGAGGAGCACGACGUGAGUGGUCCUGCCACGGGAUAUGGCUUCGGGACGGGACUCUUCUCCGGCAUGACCGCCGAGGACUUUCAGCCGGGAUCGGUGCAGUGCCUGCCGAUGCCAGGACCCUUCCUCCCCUGCGCCGACCUCUUCGACUGGUGGACCCUGCGCUGCGGCGUGUGGGUGGUCUUCCUGCUCUCCCUCCUGGGCAACGGCACCGUGGUCUUUGUGCUCCUCUGCUCGCGCUCCAAGAUGGAUGUGCCUCGAUUUCUGGUCUGCAACCUGGCGGCUGCGGACUUCUUCAUGGGCAUCUACCUGGGCAUCCUGGCCAUUGUGGAUGCGGCCACCUUGGGCGAGUUCCGCAUGUUUGCCAUUCCGUGGCAGAUGUCGCUGCUCUGCCAGUUGUCCGGAUUUCUCGCCGUUCUCAGCUCCGAGCUGUCGGUCUACACGUUGGCGGUGAUCACCUUGGAGCGGAACUAUGCCAUCACCCAUGCCAUCCACCUGAACAAGAGGCUUUCCCUGAAGCAGGCGGGAUAUAUAAUGAGUGUGGGCUGGGUAUUCGCCCUGCUGAUGGCCUUGAUGCCCCUGCUGGGAGUCUCGGACUACAGGAAGUUCGCCGUGUGCCUGCCCUUUGAGACCACCACCGGACCGGCCAGCCUGACCUAUGUGAUCUCACUGAUGUUCAUCAACGGAUGCGCCUUCCUCACCCUGAUGGGCUGCUACCUGAAGAUGUACUGGGCCAUCAGGGGCAGUCAGGCGUGGAAUACCAACGAUUCGCGCAUUGCCAAGCGGAUGGCCCUGUUGGUCUUCACGGACUUCCUCUGCUGGUCACCCAUCGCCUUCUUCUCCAUCACGGCCAUCUUUGGACUGCAGCUGAUAUCCCUGGAACAGGCCAAGAUCUUCACGGUUUUUGUGCUGCCCCUGAAUAGUUGUUGCAAUCCCUUUCUCUACGCCAUAAUGACCAAACAGUUCAAGAAGGACUGUGUUACGCUGUGCAAACACUUCGAGGAAUCCCGAGUUGUGGGAGGCGGUGGUCAGGGUGGGCGGGGUGGAGCAGUGGCGCGCACUAAGAGGGGUGAGCUGCCACCACCCCUGCUGCCCGCUGCAGCGGUUGCCCACCCGCCGGGCUGCCGAUGCCUGAGGAUGCUGCCCAGCGAAAUGCCCAACUGGCACAAGAUGGAGCAAACCCCCAGCUUGUGGCACCGCCUUAGGACCUUCUGCUGCGGGGAGAGCAGGAGACGCCGCAAGCAGCGACGGCAGCCGCAGCAGCGUCGCCAGAGGGCCUAUACCGCCGCCGCCGCCAAUCCGUACCAGUACCAGUUCGCCGAACUGCGACAGCAACGCCAGAAUCGAGCCAGCUCCAUUUCCAGCGAGAACUUCUGCAGCUCGCGAUCCUCCAGCUGGCGACAUGGUCCGCCCUCGUCCGCCCCCCUGCCGCCCGGGAACUGCAGCAUGCCGCUGAAGAUGCUGGAGCCACAUGGCCACCCCCAUGGCCAUGGUAGGAGGCGCCACUCCGCCUGGCUGAUCACCCGCAAGACGUCGCAGGACUCCAACUUGUCCAGCUCGCGGAAUGACUCCUCCGCCUCGGCCACCACCGCCAGCACCUCCACCUUCCGGCUGUCGCGAUCGAGUGCCGGCAGUAGCACGCCCCUGCCCUCGAUCAUAGCCCACAACGGCAAGGCCCAGUUGGAUGCAGUAAAGCCGAGACUAGUCCGCCAGGAAGCGGUCCAGGAGGAAGAGGACUCGUCACCACCUCGCCUGGGAGUGCGUUUUCUGCCCACCAUACCCUCGGCUGCCGACAGUUCGGUCAUCAUGGAAGACGGCGACUCGGCCAACACGGGAGUGGCCGGUUUUCUGGGCAUGCCCCUGCCCGGAGCGUCCAGUGGCUUCCUCAUUGCACCCUCCACCGCCAACACCUCUCCACCACCGGUGGUGCUGCAGCCGGCGAAGCCACCACCCGAUCCCAACGACGCACCACCAUGAUGGUGGGACCGGCGCUGGCGGGGAAUGGGAUUGGGAUUGGGUAGAGCCAACCGGGAGACCUUUCUGUAGGAGUCAAGGGAACAGGACGAAAGCUGACUGUGUUCAUAGAUUGUAUACGGGGCGGGGCGGGGAUGAGGGGAUGAGGGCUGGACGAGGGAUUUGGCACUUAGGCUAGUAAAGACGCAAAAUAAACAAAACCCGCUUUAGGCAUCUAAAAUUAUAUAUACUUGUAGCCUUAAGUAGCCAAUUUGUUAAGUUAGAUCACGCCGAAGAUCAAUAUCCACUUGAAUCAUUUGGAAGCCAACACAUGACCCAAAGGAUAGCAACGUUGAAAAGAUCAGUCACAAGUUCAGUUUCUUAAAUUGUUGUUGAAUUAAAAAGUCGUUAAAAUUUCCCAACCUUCACAAUAUAUCUAUUAAUUGGACAUCAUAUUCAGUUGAGUGGUUUGCUCUUUAUUUAUAAAAAUAUAAUAUAAAAUUCCCCUUGAAGCGUUUAUAAUUAUUUAAAAGAAUUAUACGAAUUAAUUAAAUAAAAUUCUUAGUUAACCGAAACAAGUAACUUAACAACAACUUGAGAAACUGGCCCACAUGGACAAAGAGUAUUAUGUAUUUCAUAAUUUAUUACGGUAGAUUACGUUCUUAAUUUUUAACCAUAAAUGUUUAGCAUAAAGUUAUAGCUCUAUAGAUAUAUUUAUAUAUGUGUGUAUUAUUUUCGACGAUGCCAAGCAUCCUUCGGUGUAGAACUUAAUCGAACGAAACGAUUGUAAACGAAACCAAGCCAUAAACAUUCAAAUUAAACUAUUUCCACAUACAA